AUGGCUGUGAGAAAGAACACCAAGGGUGAUGGCAAGGAGUACCACUACUGGGACUAUACUUUCGAAUGGACCGACAAACACAUGGCCGCAAACGAGCUAAACUCUUGGAUUCUGAAGUAUGACAGCCUUGCUGACAAUUGUAACGAAAUCCUCACCAAGUUGAUGCAUUCCUCUCACUCCGAUGCUGGUAAUAUCUUCAAGAGAGACAGUUAUGCCUUGCUACAAGAAAACCACGAGAGUGACACCAAGUUGUCAGAACUCUGGACACAGAUCAACACAGUCCCUGACUGGGUGGACUGGGCACAGAUCCAGCGUGGCCAAGAUAUCUACUGGCGAUACCUUAUACCAAUAUCCAAUGCGCUCACUUAUCAAAGCCUGUUAGGGGGUCUGGGGGCAAUCCGUGUCGGUGAAACCAUCGCACGAACAGGAGGAUUCGGCGCCCAGGUCGUCCGACGCCGCCUGCUAGAGACUUUCCAAUAUACUCUCCAGGUCAACAGCAAUGCGGAGGGGAUGAAGCCCGGCGGAAAAGGCCACUUGGCCUGCGUACGAGUCCGACUCCUGCAUUCUGCAGUCCGACUCAAGAUCAUGAGUCUCGCUGCGCAAGACCCGACGUACUAUGACAUGCACAAGUACGGCCCUCCCAUCAACGACCUGGAUUCUUUCGGCACCAUCCAUACAUUUAGCAGCGCGGUUAUUUGGCAGGGCCUCCCGCGCCAGGGCAUCUACCUGAGCAACCAGGACGCCGAGGAUUACAUCGCGUUAUGGCGACUGGUCGCCUAUUACAUGGGAGUGCCGACGGAGCCUUUCAAGACUGCUGCCGCGGCCAAAGUCGCGCACGAGUGGCUUCUUGUCAACGAGUUUGCCCCGAGCGACACCGGAAGGAUGCUGGCCAGAAAUAUCGUAAUCGGCUUGGAGAACACCGGACCAGCCUACGCGUCCAAGGAAUACAUGGACGCCAUGGCGCGGCUGCUCAACGGAGAUCGGCUCUCGGAUGAGCUGCAUAUCCCCAGGACGAGCUUGUAUUAUCGACUCUUGAUGUGGGGAUAUUGUUACUGGGUUCAACUCCAGGCGAGGACGAUCCAAAAGAUUCCCUUUAUCGACCGAUUCCUCAUUGCGCUCAUGCUAACUGGACCAUAG